UUUGUCCUUCAUGACUUUCCUCCACCGAUAAAGUAAUCUCUUUUCGACGGAAAGAAGGAUAAAUAAAUAAAACACGCACCUACAGUUGGCAGGUUGUGUCCUUUUGUCCCCUCCUCCACUGGGCUCACGCCCUCCCCCGUUGCUUCUCACCUAGCUCAUCUUACAGGUGCUCUGCCGACACACGAUACCUGUGGAGCGCGGUUACUGCACGCUGACAUGGAACCAGCGUACCGCGGUCUGGGUCGCUGUGUUUGUUGUUUCUGGCUGGCUGUGGCCUUUGACGUAGUAGGACUGCUCGUCCUUCUCAUCGGCGUGUUUGUGAAUGUUUUUUUCUACGACCUGCUCAUCUACGCCGGCGCCAUCGUCAUCUUCCUCAGUCUCGUGUGGUGGGUGUUUUGGUACUCCGGCAAUAUCGAGGUGCUCUCUGCGGAACUGGAGGAUGACGUGGGCCUAACAAAGAAGGACAAGGCCGGUCUGAGCGGCAUCGGCGGGGCGGUCCGGCGGCUGUCCAACCGCGUGUCCAGCGGCAUCAGAAGUUCGUUGCGCAGGAACGGCAGCGCUGGCCGGAGGGGAGGCGCGCGGACUCCGGUUGCAUAUCCGACUGCGACCUCGCACUCGGAGCAGGUGGUCGUUGCCAUGGCAACCUUGACGCCAAAUGAGCCAACUUUACGGACUUCUGUCUCUUCCGCGGGGUGCUAUGAUGCGGAGAUGCCUUCCACAGCAACAGAGACCUCACCUACGUAACAGAAGACCAGGGAGACUCUGUGAAUUCAUUGCUGAGGUGGGAAGAGUCAGGUCGACUUGAUGCAAUUAUAUUAAAAAUAAAAAAAUCACUGUAUUUUAUUUUCUAUAAUGUCCAUGUUGAUUCAAACAGGCAAGCAGAUGUAGUUGAUGGAUAUCGAUUUGCAAUUGUCAUCACCAUGAUAAGGAAUGAUUUGUAUUUUCAAUAAAAAUGUUCAUCUGUCUUUA